GCCUCCAUCCUGGAGGCAGAAACGCUGGGAGUGAGCGCGGGAGUGAGGCAUGGGCUUGAGGUCGGGACCGUCCUCCCCCGGGAGCUGAGCUGCAGCAUCGUGGCCAGGAAGGGGCCACCUGGGAGCCACUGGUGCAACAACAGCCACUGGCUGGAAGCAAACGUUUGUCUUCCUCUUGCCCUGAGGUACCUGGAAUACAAGAAGGUCCCCAAUAGCAGCCCACCCGAGUAUGAAUUCCUCUGGGGCCUGCGAGCCCGCCACGAGACCAGCAAGAUGAGGGUGCUGCGAUUCAUUGCCCAGAAUCAGAACCGAGACCCCCGGGAGUGGAAGGCUCAUUUCCUGGAGGCUGUGGAUGAUGCGUUCAAGACGAUGGAUGUGGACAUGGCUGAGGAACAUGCCAGGGCCCAGAUGAGGGCCCAGAUGAACAUCGGGGACGAAGCCCUGAUUGGACGGUGGAGCUGGGAUGACAUACAGGUGGAGCUCCUGAGCUGGGAUGAGGACGGAGAUUUUGGCGACGCCUGGGCCAGGAUUCCCUUCGCGUUCUGGGCCAGAUACCAUCAGUACAUUCUGAAUAGCAACCGUGCCAACAGGAGAGCCACUUGGAGGGCUGGCGUCAGCAGUGGCACCAACGGUGGGGCCAGCACCAGCAUUCUCGAUGGGCCCAGCACCAGCUCCACCAUCCGGACCAGAAACGCCGCCAGAACGAGUGCCAACUUCUUCUCCUGGAUCCAGCAGCGCUGAUGGACUGCGGCCAUCACGCACCAGGCCAGAGUGCCUCCUCGGAUUCCUCCCUCACACAGCACUCUAGGCAGCUUCUCCCUGCCCAUCUGAGAUGGCAUGCCAGAUGAAGCUCUCUCUGCCCUUCCUGCUUUGGUUGUGUGCUUUUGUUGUGCGCUUCUGUCGUGUUUUCAUGUUUUUGGUAUUGGUGUUACAUUAAAGUUGCAAAAUUA